AUGUCUCGGACUAAAAAACAUGCUGAAAGCUCUAACGGAAAAGCCGAAGCAGCAAUUGCGAGCAAGUACAAUUGGGACGAUGCCGAAUCAAUUAGUUCUUUCAGCAGCAGCAACUUUGGAAUUACCCUUAAAGGUAAAACGGUAGACAAAGGUAAACCCGUAGCUAUGGAAUUCAUGCCAUCGAGUAAAGAAAAUGAUGAAAUCGCUGACAAUGUCUGCAAGAUAAGAGGUCAUUUGCAAAGACUAAUGGAAGCAAGGCAAAUUCCUUCAGAUCAUAUCGGUUCAGAAGUUGGACGCGACCUUGUUAUAAGCAACUUCCGAAAUGCGGCUACUUUUAUAAAACAGCAGGAUGAGUCGGAUGACGAAGCCUUUCGAGGAGAUCCAACACUACAUAUAGAACCUGGUAAAUGGUUCGAAGGUGAGGAGUACCUUGCUCCUGAAGUGACGAACGAGGCAAGUUCUAUACAGCAUGGUGUAAUCAUCAUGUCACCUAAAGUAGAUAUCUUCGCCGUCGGGUUAGUAUUCGCCUUGUGUAAGAAGAACAUGCCUACUGAAUAA